AUGUCUACUAACCCAACACCUAAAAAUGUUUCAUGUCUUAAAAACCUUGCUUUAAAUAUCCUUAAAAACGGUGUUCUAGAAGUUAUUACAAAAGGUGUUGAAGUUCCAGAACUAGAUCCAUGCUCAAAGUGUAAAGAAGAGCUUUUUUUGUAUGAACUUAAAAAACCAUUUACCAUACUCAUCUGUGAACAUAUAUACCACCGUAGUUGUCUUGAAGAUUAUGUAAAAGAUCUCCCACAAUGCCCUGAAUGUGCAAUGGAAAUUGAAUCUAUUGGUUAUGCGCGUUAUUCUAGUACUUCUGAACCUAGUUCACAGGAUCAGGCACAGAAUACCUCAGACCCAAUGCAAAUUUCACCACAAAUGACAUCUAGUCAAAACCAGAAUAUAGUAACUCCAUAUACAUCUCUUAUUUUUAACCCUACCUUAUCAUAUGACCUAACAUUAUAUUCAAAUUAUGUAGACCUUAUCAAAAACAAAAAGCCUAAAUCUAAAAAAAGAUUACAUGAAGAAAGUGCAAAAAAAGAGCCUCCAAAUCUAAAAAAAUUAAUAGAUGAAUUAUCUACUAAAGAUCCAAAUUCUGCAAAAAAUAAUAUUUUUACACAAUCAGUAGUGAUACCAACUACUGAAAAUGAUUCUGAUCCAGUUAAUUUUCUCAACUUAUAUAAAGAACUUAUUAGUGCUGAAGAUGAUAAUAGAAAAUCGAACCAAGAAGUUAUUAAAAGAUAUUAUAAUUUUGGAUUAAAUCUUAUGAAACGUGUAGAAUACUACAAGAAAUCUCACAAAAAGCAAGUUGCCAAAAUUCUAGUAAAUGACGAAGUUAGAAAUCAAAUUUUCAAAGAGGUUAGUGAUGAUACACUUAGAAAGAAAACAGAACGAGCACGAAAAAUUUACAAACUUUUUGAUACCAUUGGUGAAAAUAAAAUGGUACGAGUUAGAUCUUUUACAGCGUUAACAAUUUCUAAGUUAAGUAAGGAAAAUAUCAAUCAUGUAAUACUUAGCAUUAUAAAUAAAUCAAAAUGA